GACUUCUCACUAAUGGCCAAUCUAAAGGAUUAGGACCGGGAUCAGAACAGCUGGAGAAUGAGAAGGACGAUGCAUCGCAAGUGUCCUCAACGAGCAACGAUGUUAGUUCUUCAGACUUUGAAGAAGGGCCCUCGAGGAAAAGGCCAAGGCUGCAAGCACAAAGGAAGUUUGCUCAGUCCCAGCCAAACAGUCCCAGCACAACUCCAAUUAAGAUAGUGGAGCCGUUGUUACCCCCUCCCGCCACUCAGAUUUCUGACCUCUCCAAAAGGAAGCCCAAGACAGAAGAUUUUCUCACUUUCCUCUGUCUUCGAGGUUCUCCAGCCCUGCCCAGCAACAUGGUAUAUUUUGGAAGCUCUCAGGAUGACGAGGAUGAAGAAGAGGAGGAGGAGGAGACAGAGGACACAAAAACAGCCACAAACAAUGCUUCAUCAUCAUGCCAGUCAACCCCCAGGAAAGGAAAAACGCAUAAACAAGUACCAAAUGGGCAAG